AUGUAUUUAGCAAUUUCUAAUAAGAACGAUGGUGGACUAGGUAAUGCUUCAGAUUUGGAUGUUUACCAAGAUCAAGAAGGUUCUGAAAAUGAAAGGGAACAAGUUUCUCUUCCUUGUGGUGACAUUGUGUAUCAUCUUAUUCUGGAAGGUCUGGAUGUUUCGUACAAAAUUGAUUGGAAUGGUAAUGUCCUUGUUGAGAAAUUUGUACCCUUAUCCCAUGUCGAAGACAGUAAUAAAAUCACCACAAUUACAGGACAAGGAGAGACAAACUUUGAUAAUGCUUGUGUAUGUCUUACUAUGUGA